AUGAGAGACAAGAGGCAGGGCGGCAAAGCAUACCCAAGGAACAAAGAGCACACCACAUCCCAGACCACAGAGAAGUGUGCUCUUUCCCCGUUCCCAGAACGUGAUAUCGUCAAGGCUACGCUGCUGGGCAAUCCGUUCGCCCCCGUGGUUCCCUGCCAUCGCGUUGUCAUGAGUGACCUCACCAUCGGAGGUUUCAGUGGGAGCUUUGGAGACUGUGCCGACACGCGCCGCAAGAGGAAAAUGCUGGAAGAUGAGGGUGUGCGUUUCACCAAUGACAAGGUGUCCGGCAACGCAUUUGUGCACGUGUUCUCGAGCCCCCCAGCAGGGGGCGACAAGAAGACACCAUUGAGCGGAAAGAGGAAACGAAAGGCGCCAUCGACAGAGGAAGAGGGAUUAAAAUAG